AUGAGGAACGAGGAAGAAGCGGCAUUGCCUGACGGGUUCUCGACGUUUGAUGUUGACGAGCAGCUGGCGCCGGUGCCCGACUACAAGCGCGCGGGAGACACAGCAUUCCUCGACUUUUCGGGUCUUUUGGCCGAGCCCCUGAAGCUCCACGAGGAUCUGAAGACGGGAUGCGGAGGGCAGCUGUGGCCCGCCGGGAUAGUGCUCGCCAAGCACAUGCUGCGAUACCAUCGAGAUAAGCUGCAACACUCCAGAAUCCUAGAGCUCGGCGCCGGGAGCGGGCUCGUAGGCCUGGCAAUCGCCAAAGGUUCUAGCAUCGAUCUCCCUCUGUACAUCACCGACCAAGUGGAGAUGGAGGCGCUCAUGCAGCACAACAUUGUCUUGAACAGACUCCAGGGCCAGGUCGAAACCAGAGUGCUCAAUUGGGGCGUGCCGCUUUCGCCAGAAGUUGUCGACUUCAAGCCCGAAAUUAUUCUCGCGGCCGACUGCGUGUACUUUGAGCCUGCUUUUCCGCUGCUGCUACGAACGCUGCACGACUUGCUCGAGCUGAACCCCUUGGCCACCAUCUACUUUUGUUUCAACAAGAGACGACGGGCCGACAUACACAUGUUCAAAACUGCUAGGAAAUCAUUUCAUGUAACGGAGAUCGAGGACGCUGACCGGCCGAUUUUCAGCCGACAUGGCAUAUUCUUGGUUGCCUUCACUCGAAAAUCUCCCGAGCCCACCCCCUCUCGUGUUGCCUCUUUGGCCCAGUAA